AUGGCCAACCGUGUGCACCGAAUCACUAUGUUCAAGCUGCCUAGCAAGGACGAGCAGGCCAAGCUUCUGGACCAGUACCAUAAGCUCAAUGCCUCUCAGCAAAAGGACGGCAAGCCCUAUAUCCUCUCCAUGGUUGUUGGUGCCGCCGAUGAGGAUGCUCGGUCUCAGGGAUACACCUUUGUCUCCAAGACCGAGUUCGCUAGCAUGGAGGACAUGAAGUAUUAUGACGAGGGUUGCCAGGCUCACCAAGCGCUCAAGGACUUUGUCAAGGGCUCGCUUAACCCUCAGGGGGUUAUGACCGUCUACUUCAAACCCCAGGCUGUCGGUGGUGCUGAUCACAGUUCCUGA